UAGGUUGUGCCUGUUCUCUGGGUGCUGGGUUGCGCCGUGCCGUGGUGCUUGGGUCCGGCGGCGGCGGAGGAGGGAUUGGGCAGUGCCCGGGCAGAACGGAAGUCCUCACCCACACCCCUUACGAGCUACGGUACACAGUCGCCAGGCUUCCGCCUGUCAGGGCAUGGAGGGGCCCUCCGGGGAAGGUGACCUGCUCACUGUGAAGCAUGAGCUGAGAACGGCGAACUUGACCGGACACGCAGAAAAGGUGGGAAUUGAAAACUUUGAGCUCUUGAAGGUUCUCGGAACAGGAGCUUACGGCAAAGUGUUCCUGGUGCGGAAGGUCAGCGGCCACGACUCCGGGAAGCUUUAUGCUAUGAAGGUGUUGAAGAAGGCGACCAUCGUGCAGAAAGCCAAGACCGCCGAGCACACCAGGACCGAGAGGCAAGUCCUGGAGCAUAUUAGACAGUCUCCUUUCCUGGUCACGCUCCAUUACGCCUUCCAGACAGACACAAAACUCCAUCUCAUACUGGAUUAUAUUAACGGAGGGGAGCUCUUCACCCAUCUCUCCCAGCGCGAGAAGUUCACCGAGGAGGAGGUGCGGAUAUAUAUCGGGGAGAUCGUGCUGGCGCUCGAUCAUCUGCACAAGCUCGGGAUCAUUUAUCGGGAUAUAAAACUUGAAAAUAUUCUGUUGGAUUCCAGCGGCCACGUGGUUCUCACGGACUUCGGACUCAGUAAAGAGUUUCUGACGGAUGAGAAUGAAAGAACGUACUCCUUCUGCGGGACGAUAGAAUACAUGGCGCCGGAGAUAGUCCGAGGAGGGGACUCCGGCCAUUAUAAGGCCGUGGACUGGUGGAGUUUAGGCGUUCUGGCGUACGAGCUGCUCACCGGAGCCUCACCUUUCACGGUGGACGGGGAGAAGAACUCUCAGGCCGAAAUCUCCAGGAGGAUAUUAAAGAGCGACCCUCCUUACCCUGAAGAAAUGAGCGACGCGGUGAGAGAUCUGAUUCAGCGUCUUUUACGGAAAGAUCCAAAGAAGCGGCUGGGCUGCGGGCCGGAGGGGUCCGGGGAAAUCAAAAAGCACUGUUUCUUUGAGAGCAUUAACUGGGACGAUCUGGCUGCUAAAAAGGUUCCGGCCCCGUUCCGGCCGGUGAUUAAGGAUGAGCUGGAUGUGGGGAAUUUUUCCGAGGAGUUUACGGACAUGGACCCCACGUAUUCUCCCGCCGCCCUGCCGAUGAACGCCGACCGCAUAUUUCAGGGAUAUUCCUUCGUGGCGCCUUCCAUCCUGUUCAAGCCGAACGCCGCUAUAGCCGACCCCAUCCAGUAUCACCUCGGCGUGGAGCGUCCCGGGGUCACCACCAUCGCCAGGAGCGCAAUGAUGAAGGACUCCCCGUUUUAUCAGCACUACGAGCUGGAUCUGAAAGAACAGCCGCUGGGCGAAGGAAGCUUCUCUAUCUGUCGAAAAUGCUUGCACAAAAAAACAAACCAGGAGUUUGCCGUAAAGAUCAUCAGCAAGCGGUUGGAAAGCAACACCCAGAAAGAGAUAACGGCCCUAAAGCUUUGUGAAGGACACCCCAACAUAGUGAAGUUAUACGAUGUUUACCAUGACCAGCUUCACACGUUUCUAGUGAUGGAAUUACUGAAAGGAGGAGAGCUGUUUGAAAGAAUCAAGAAAAAGAAGCUGUUCAGCGAGUCUGAAGCCAGUCACAUCAUGCGCAGGAUGGUGUCCGCCGUCAGCCACAUGCACGACGUGGGGGUCGUUCACAGAGAUCUGAAGCCGGAGAAUUUCCUUUUCACGGAUGAAAGUGAGAACUCCGAAAUAAAAAUUAUCGAUUUUGGGUUUGCUCGUUUAAAGCCACCUGACAACCAGCCCCUUAAAACCCCCUGCUUUACCCUCCAUUACGCGGCCCCCGAGCUGCUGACUGCCAGCGGCUACGAUGAAUCAUGUGACCUGUGGAGCCUGGGGGUCAUUCUGUACACCAUGCUGUCGGGGCAGGUGCCGUUCCAGUGCCAGGAGAAGACUGUGCUGUAUGCCAGCGCUGAGGACAUCAUGAGGAAGAUAAAACAGGGAGACUUCUCUUUCGAAGGCGAAGCCUGGAAAAACGUGUCUCAGGAGGCCAAAGAUUUGAUACAAGGGCUUCUCACAGUGGACCCAAACAAAAGAAUCAAGAUGUCCACGUUACGAUACAACGAAUGGCUUCAGAACGGCAGCCAGCUGUCUUCCAACCCUCUGAUGACCCCCGACAUUCUGGGCUCCGCGGGGGCCACCGUAAACACGCAUGUGAAAGCCACGUUUCACGCCUUCAAUAAGUUCAAGCGGGAGGGUUUUCUGCUUCAGAACGUGGACAAAGCGCCGCUGGCCAAGCGCAGGAAGAUGAAGAAGACCAGCACGAGCACCGAGACGCGGAGCAGCUCCAGCGAGAGCUCCCACUCUUCCCACUCGCAUGGUAAAACGUCCCCCUCAAAGAACCUGCACCCGGCCAACCCCACCGAGAGCAAUAACCCCGACGCCAUCUUCCAGUUCACCGAGUAGACGAGCCGCCGGGCCGCCGCUUCUAACCAACCAAAAA